GGCAGAAACAGGAUAUAGAGCACUGUCUGGAAGAGUUGCUUAAUGUAGGAAGAAGCCUUUCUGGAAACAAACCUGCACUUCGGUCAAAAAUUGUUAACAUUUCCUUAAAUUAAGAGACGAUGGCGCAGUGGUGCCAGCUUCAGAUGCUGGACUGCAAGUACCUGGAGCAGGUGGACCAGCUGUACGACGACUCCUUCCCCAUGGACAUCCGACAGUACCUGAGCAAGUGGAUCGAGAGCAUCGACUGGGACACGGUGGCCAUCCAGGACUCGUUGGCCACCGUCCGUUUCCACGACCUCCUGGCUCAGCUGGACGACCAACACAGCCGCUUCGCUCUGGAGAACAACUUCCUGCUGCAGCACAACAUCCGCAAGAUAAAGAGGAACCUGCAGGAUCGGUUCCAGGAAGAUCCGGUCCACAUGGCCAUGAUCAUCUCCAGAAACCUGAAGGAGGAACAGAGGAUCCUGGCCAGCGCGAAGAGUGCCGAGCAGGAAGGCGAGGGGACGGUGUCGGCCAUGGUGGUGGAGAAACAGAAGCUGGACAACAAAGUGAAGGAGAUGAAAGACCGAGUCCAAGUGGCGGAUCAAAACAUCAAAAAUCUAGAAGAUCUGCAGGAUGAAUACGACUUUAAAAUCAACACACUGAAGAACAGAGAGAAUGAAAUGAACGGUAUGACACCGAAGGAGCUGGAGAAAGAGAAGAUGUUGUUGGGGAGGAUGUGCUUCGAACUGAAAGGCAAACGACAGGAUGUGGUGAGCCAGCUGUCCGACCUGCUGAACGUCACUCAGGCUUUACUGUCGGACCUGAUCUCUGAGGAGCUGCCGGAGUGGAAGCAGAGGCAGCAGAUCGCCUGUAUCGGCGGUCCGCCCAACGCCUGCGUGGACCAGCUGCAGAACUGGUUCACGGCAGUAGCGGAGAGUCUCCAGCAGGUCCGUCAGCACCUGAAGAAGCUGCAGGAGUUGGAGCAGAAGUUCACCUACGACAGCGACCCCAUCACGCAGAAGAAAAGUUUCCUGGAGACCCGAGCUCUGGAUCUCCUCAAGAACCUCCUCUCUAACUCUCUGGUCGUAGAGAGGCAGCCCUGUAUGCCCACCCACCCACAGAGGCCCCUGGUGUUGAAAACAGGCGUUCAGUUCACUGUAAAACUCCGGUUCCUGGUGAAGCUGCAGGAGUUUAACUACCAACUCAAAGUCAAGGCUGUGUUUGAUAAGGAUGUCACAGAAAAGAAAGGGUUUCGGAAAUUCAACAUUUUGGGUACGAACACCAAAGUCAUGAACAUGGAGGAGUCGAACGGCAGCCUGGCAGCAGAGUUCAGACAUUUGCAACUGAAAGAGCAGAAAGUAGCCGGAAACAGAACAAAUGAGGGUCCUCUGAUCGUCACCGAGGAGCUUCACUCGCUCAGCUUCGAGUCCGAGUUUCAGCUCAACCAGUCCGGACUUGACAUCAAACUGGAGGCCAUGUCUCUGCCUGUCGUGGUCAUCUCUAACGUCUGCCAGCUGCCCAGCGGUUGGGCCUCCAUCCUCUGGUACAACAUGCUGACUACCGAGCCCAAGAACCUGAAGUUCUUCCUCUCCCCUCCACCGGCGAAGUGGUGUCAACUCUCUGAGGUUCUCAGCUGGCAGUUCUCCUCCGUCACCAAGCGAGGCCUGAACCAGGAGCAGCUCAACAUGCUGGCAGACAAGCUGCUCGGAGCCAAAGCUCAGAGGAACCCGGAGGGACAAAUCCCCUGGACAAAGUUCUGCAAGCAGCAAAGUGCCAACGAGAAAAGUUUUCCCUUCUGGUUGUGGAUCGAAGGCAUCCUGGAUCUGAUCAAAAGACACCUGCUUUCCCUCUGGAACGAUGGCUCCAUCAUGGGUUUCAUCAGUAAGGAGAGGGAGAAGGCUCUGCUGAGCAAUAAGUGUCCCGGUACCUUCCUGCUCAGGUUCAGUGAGAGCAGCAAAGAGGGAGCCAUCACCUUCACCUGGAUCGAACACGACGUGCACGACAAGCCGAUCUACCACUCGGUGGAGCCGUACACAAAGAAAGAGCUUGGUGCCGUCUCGCUGCCGGACAUCAUCCGCACCUACAAGGUGAUGGCAGCUGAGAACAUCCCAGAGAACCCGCUCCGCUUCCUCUACCCGGACAUCCCAAAAGACAAGGCCUUCGGGAAGUACUACCCCAAACCCUCAGAGACUACGGAGCCCAUGGACGUGGAGAACACAGAGAAGAGCGGCUACAUGAAGACGGAGCUCAUAUCUGUCUCAGAAGUAAUUAAAAUGAAUCCUCUUCUGUGUUUUUGCUCCAGACACCCGUCCAGACUGCAGGACAACAUGAUGCCGAUGUCUCCCGACGACUACAAGGCUUUGGAGCAGUACGUCAGUCCGAGAGACAUCGAUGCUGUGACCAACAAUCUGCUUGGACUUGCAGGACAGUUUGACGAUGAGAUGAGCGCAGACUUUGAGGAGCAAAACUGAGGCCGACCGAGUUGCUUCACUUCAUCCGACUCUUCAUUUACUGCUGUGCUUUCUCAGAGAGUUUGUUUCUGUAGAGAUCUCAGUUGAUCAUGUAAUACUCUACUAUAGAGCAGUAAAGGUGUUAUAAGGACCUUGAAACUAUAUAAAAUCUGGUGUUAAAGAUCUUUCUAGCUGUGCAUACAGGUCAGUACAGUAACCAAUCACCUCACAGGAAUAACGGAGAUACGAGUUUCCCUCCUGAGCCUGUUUCUGUCUCUUUAUUUUCUGUAUAUAUUAUAUUUCCUUUUUAUCAAAUGUGAGAUGGAACCAUCUCUCGAAUCCCAGCUGUGAGCGUAAUGAAUGUGAUUUUGCAUGCCUUCUUUUACCAUUUAUCAUCAGCGACUGUGGCUGAAAAAAAUAUGAAUUUGAUUUGAUUUUUUUUUAUUUUUUUUUUGUAGCAGAAAUACUAUGAAAACACAAUGACUUAUGGGAAAUGGUAUCAUUUUAUGUGUCUGGAAAAAUGUAAACAUCUUUCUGUUUGUUUCCUGUAACACUCAACAUUAACUUUUUAUUUAAACUGUAUCAUUAUGUUUCAAUUGUAUCAAGUAUUCUAAUAGUGAAACUGCUAAAGCCAUUAAAUCACUUGAAGACUCA